AUUCUUUUUGGACGCGAGCAGACAGUUUUGAUGUUUGAUACGAGAAAAUGGCGCCCAAGAGCUUGGUGGUGGUAUUACGUGCAGUGAUAUAAACAUUGGAAAUAUAUUAACAUUUUUUGACUAUGUUCUUCUGAUGGAGUUUUUAAACUAAGGAUUACAGUGUUAGUGUUGUGAAAAUGGCUGCAAAUAUGUAUCGAGUUGGAGAUUACGUCUAUUUUGAGGCGUCUUCGACAUCUCCCUAUCAAAUCAGGCGUAUAGAGGAAUUAAAUAAAACGGCAUCGGGAAACGUGGAAGCUAAAGUGAUGUGUUUUUAUAGACGAAGAGACUUGCCUAGCCAGCUGAUUCAGUUGGCAGAUAAACACCAAUGUGCCUUAGACGAAUCUGGAGAGAGCCCUAUUCCGGAAAUGGGUGGUCGCGCGAGCGAACUGCUCAGUCCGAAGCAAAGACACCAGAUGAAACAUCGAGAGCUCUUUCUUUCUCGUCAGGUGGAAACUCUACCGGCGACCCACAUUCGAGGGAAAUGCUCUGUCACUCUCUUCAACGAAACCGAAGCUUUGGCUUCAUAUCUAAACAAAGACGAUAUGUUCUUUUACUGCCUUGUGUUCGAUCCUACUCAAAAAACUCUCCUUGCGGAUAAAGGAGAAAUUAGAGUCGGUUCUCGGUACCAAUGCGACGUACCACCCAUGCUUAGGGACACCGAAGAAGACGACCGAAAUUUAAACGAACUAGAAAAUUUAGUAUGGACGCCCGAACAUAACCUAAGUGAUAGACAAAUAGAUCAGUUUUUGGUAGUAUCUAGAUCGGUAGGCACGUUCGCAAGAGCUUUAGACUGUAGUUCAAGUGUUAAGCAGCCUUCGUUGCAUAUGUCCGCGGCAGCGGCUAGUCGAGAUAUAACAUUAUUUCACGCCAUGGACACGUUACAUAGACACGGUUACAAUUUGUCGAGUGCGUUGUGUUCUUUGGUGCCCUCUAGUGGACCAGUGCUUUGCAGAGAUGAAAUGGAGGAAUGGAGCGCCUCAGAGGCAAACCUCUUUGAAGAGGCUUUAGAUAAAUAUGGAAAGGAUUUCAACGAUAUUCGUCAAGAUUUUCUCCCGUGGAAAACGUUGAAAAACAUAAUUGAGUAUUAUUAUAUGUGGAAAACUACAGAUAGAUACGUUCAACAAAAAAGAGUCAAAGCUGUAGAGGCAGAAUCAAAAUUGAAACAAGUCUACAUUCCUAACUACAAUAAACCAAAUCCUGCAGCAUUAAAUAAUAAUAAAGGGGUUGUUAACGGAAGUAAUGGCAGCUCAGAUCCCACAGUUUCCUUGGGUGGCAAAGCAUGUGAAUCCUGUAAUGUGACAGUAUCAAAUCAGUGGUACGCGUGGGGUCCUUCACAUAUGCAGUGUCGUUUGUGCCAAGUGUGUUGGCACUAUUGGAAAAAAUACGGCGGAUUGAAAAUACCGACAAGAUUUGGCGAUGGGGAUUUUGAGAAUUGUGGAAAAAAGAAAUCUGGCAGUGAUGUGGACGAAGAAAGAUUACCCGGUAUGUCGCAUAGACCGCAUCGAUGUAACAUAGGAGGAUGCGGAAAAGAAUUUAAACUUAAAGCACAUUUAGGAAGACAUUAUGCUACUGCCCACGGACUGGUCAUUAGGUCCGGUUCACCUAGACCAAUAAUGAAAACAAGGACUGCAUUUUAUCUAUACACAACACCAAUAACGAGGAUUUCUAGAAGAUUGUGCAGGCACAUAAUGAGACCGAGACAUGCAGCUAGGGCUCCUUACUUUGCCAUAAAUAUACAAGCUGUCAAACAGGAGUGUAGUAUACAAAUGGAAGGUAAAACAAUAUGUGAAUUAAAACAAUUGCUUGUAUAUCGAAAGAAAAAUAGAGGUAGCGUUACGGCAAUAGCCACACGACUCGGUAGACCUGGUGCAGUUGUACCACAAUGGUUGAUAUUAACAGCUAAAGAACAGUUACCUCAACCUGAUCGAGUUGCAUUUCCAAAACCACCAAAAGCUCCCGAUGGUAGUUUGCUUUAUGAAAAAGUACCCAAUAAGCCAGAAGCAGAUAAAAUACCAUUGAACAAUAUGUCACCUUCAUUAAAGAGGAGAGCUUAUGAAGAGAUGAAUGGAAUGGAUAGCUUCUAUUCUGACUUGGAUUGGGAUGAUGGUGUGGCAUUGGCAGCUCCACCACCAUCAAAGAGAAUAACAAAGGAACCCAUACAAGUAACAAGGCCUGACCAGUUCCAAGCUCUAAUGGCUGCUCAAAUGUUACCGACUCAACCUUUACCUCGUCAUAUCGCACAAAUUAAUGGCAAACCUAAAAUAGCACACAUGACGAGAACUGGAUCCGGCAGAAAACAAGUCAUAAGUUGGAUGGAUGCACCCGAUGACGUUUACUUCAGAGCAACAGAAGCUAAUAAGAAAAUUAGACGGCAAAUUGCGUUAGCGGAAUUAAGAAGAGGAGCUAGGAAACCUUGGAGGCAGUUGAGAACGAAAAUGAAUGAUCCGCAAGUAGUAGUGUUGGAUUGACAGUGAAUUCAAACAAACAAACUGUAAAUUAACUUCAUCAAGUGCUUAUUGUGUCGAGGCACAGAUUUAAAGCGAACAUUUUUAUUAAUGUAGGUCAAUUUGUGGAUAGUUAGAUCGGAAAAUAUUCCAUAAGAUUUUUUUUAUAUUAACGAUCACAUAUAUUAAGGGAAUCUGAGUUGUUACUGUUAUUUAUUAAUUACAUGAUUGUUUACAAUGUAAUCAAGUUGAUAAGUUUUAUUAAAAAAAAUAUAAAUAAAAUAGAGAAAGCACAAGAAUAUAAAA